UUUCUCAUUUCGAACGUGAGAGCAGUUGAAAUUGUGUUUUGUAGUGUAGGAGUCGCAGUAUUGUUAAGAAAAUUUUAAAAUAUUGAAUGAAAAAUUAUAUUAAUAAAAAAGAUUAAUAGUGCUCGAAACAGUUUAAUUAUUACUAUUGCAUUUAGCAAUUAGUUGAAUAUAAUAAAGUGAAAUUAAACUAAAGUGUUCAAUAUAACUAAAGGAAAAAAUGGGGCUUAAUGGCUGCUGUUCUUGUGUUAAAUACUUGGUUGUUCUCAUAAACUUCCUAUUUUUGAUUAUUGGUUUAACAAUUGUGGUAGCAUCACUAUGGAUGAUAACUGAUCCAACAUUCUUACUCUCCAUGACACAACCUUAUAAUCAUUAUUAUAUAGCGCUCUACGUUUUCUUGGGCAUUGGUGUAUUGAUCACCAUUGGUGCCUUCUUCGGUUGCUGCGGCGUAAUUAAGGAAUCUGAGUGCUUAUUAGUAUCCUUCUUCUGCGUUAUACUCAUUGUUAUUGUUGCACAAAUUGCGGCAGGGGCUUGGGCAUUCCACAAUAAAGAUAAACUGGAUGAUAUUGUGCGUGCAUCGGUUAAAUUUUCUGUACAAGAGGAAUAUGGUCAAUCUAGUAUGAGUUCGCGCACUGUUACAUUUGAUACUAUACAGAAAAAUUUGAAAUGUUGCGGUGCUGAUGGACCUGGAGAUUGGGCAACUAGUCGCUUUAAUAAUGUUGAUCGCACCAAUAUUGUUGAUAUUGCUAUUUCAUCAAUGAACAUUUUUUAUAAUAUACCUGAAUCCUGCUGCAAGGAUGAUUUAGAAGAUAAUGUAUGUGAAAUGUCAAGAAAACUUAAAUUUGGCGGACCAUUACCGAAUGCAAUCUACCAACAGGGUUGUGUUGAUAAAUUGAUUGAAUUGAUUUAUGAAAAUUGGGUACUACUCUUUGGCAUUACUGCUGGAGUUGUAUUGCUCGAAUUGUUGGCUUUAACCUUCUCCUUAAGUCUUUGCUGUGCGGUACGAAACAAGCAUUAUAAAGCCUGAGAAUUACAGAACUCCCAAAGGGAAAUAAAUGAUGAUGAAAAAUAUUAGGAUGAUAUAGAGCGAAAUACGGCUGAGUUAAGAAAAAUGGUUAAGUGGAUAAUAUUUGAAUGAAAUCGAAAAGGAAUAUAAAAGCGAAAUCCAAAAAGAAAAUAAAAAAACAAAAAGUUUACAAAUAAAUCGUAAAAAUGCAAGAUUUAAAGAUUUACUGUAGUCCACAACUGAUUGCAGUAUUGAAAAUAAUAACAAAGGUAUUGGAGUUCACAUAAGGAAAUAAAUAUACAAUUCCAAAAUAUAAAAGUAAACACAAAUUUUUAAAAUAAUAGGAGAAAAUAGGAGAAAUUAUAAACAAAUUAACAUACCUUAACAAUAGAAUUGGAUAUUCAAAAUAAACUUGUAAAAACGUUGCAUGAAAUUCAGUUGCCAAGCUAACAAAGUAUUGCUAUACUUUUUAUGUGUAAAUUUCUACUUUGUCUAUCUGAUCACUUGGCAUCUUAAAAUACACAUUGAUUAGAAAAUAAUAUUUCCUAAAAAUCACAAUCAAACCAAAAUCGUUUCCAUUGAAAAAAAAUCACAAACUUACUUAAAUCAAAUAAAAAUCUCAAUAACUCGUGUUUUAAGGUAUAAAACACAAAUGAAUACAUAAAAAUAUUUUCUUAGAAUUAAGGGAAAUACAUGAAUAAUUAU